AUGAAGUGGGUUUCUUUAUUGUGCAUAAAUAUAUGGAUUUCUGCAGUACUUGUGUGUGCCGAUAACUUUACUUUUACGUACAAUAUGGCGAUGCAGUGCAAAGAGCAUAUUUGUAAACAUGGUUAUUUUUACGAAACGUUUUACUCUGUAAAUAAUGAGGAGCGCAAAACUAUGAAAUCAGAUCCUAGUAUAGUAUUUGAGAUGCACCUCGCAAUACUUGCGGCUAGUAAUGGACACAUCUUGCUAUCUCCUGUUCCUAAACCAGAUGCAACAGUUCCUGUAUAUGAAUUUGUUGUCGGUGGAGGUGGUAAUAAGUUUACCGAGCUUAGAGGAAAUUUAAAAAGAAAUGCAAGAGCUUCGAAGACAACUGUCGGAAUCGUAUCUCCUAUAGAAUUUAGAGCUUUUUACAUUAAAAUUACUGAAGAUGGCCUAAUUGAAUUUGGUCGUGAAGGUGAUAUUUUGCCAAUAAUAUCAUACCAGGAUAUGUAUCCAACAGAGGUACAUUAUUUCAGUUUUGCUGCAUGGAAUGGUGUUGAAGCAAAAUUUCUUUAUGAUUGCCCUAUACCUUUAACUAACGGAUCGAGUGUAACUCCAAGUUCACAAGCAGUUGAACCACAGCUUUUAAACUCGGACAAAUUAAGGAGAAGUUUAUUAUAUAAUAAAAAUCCGUACGUCCCGCCGAGACAAAAGUUACCUGUAGAUAUUGGAGUAAAAAUAACAAGUGUUUAUUACAACGCAUUUGAUGCUAAGCUUACUACUGGUAUAUCUUUAGUUAGAAGAUGGACGGACGAUAGCAUGGCGUGGAAUCCUAGUAAAUUCAAUGGGACGACCUAUAUUACACUUCGGCAAGGGGAAAUUUGGAGUCCAACGCUAUCAGUUUUUAACUCAGACAGCAUCGAACAAUUAAACUCGAAAAAUCCAGAGUUGAUCAACAUGGUCAAUAGCGGUGAAGCCACACUCCACAUGCAGACUACAGUCAAUACUUGGUGUUUUGACAUUUUAAACACGAUGACAAAAUGGCCUCGAGAUGAAUACGAUUGUACAAUAGUCCUAGAGCCUUGGGAAGUACACGAACACAUUCUCCUACGAAAACUCGAUCCAAGCGAUGAUGUGAUGAAAAUCUUUACAAAUAUAGAUGAAGUCAUACAAAAUGAAUGGGAGGUGGAAGCAACGCAAUAUGUUUUAAAUUCAUCUUCCUGGAAUAGUCUGUACUCAUACAACAACACACAAAAAAGUGAUAGGUUCAUUAUUAACAUAAACCUGAAACGACGAGCUACCGCGUAUAACAUUGUUUUUUAUACGCCCUUAUUAGCUCUCGUAACAUUUGUAUUAUUAUCAUUUUGGAGUGAGCCUUUAAGUAUGAAGAGAGUUUGGUUUUACGCUUAUUGCACUGUUAUUAUAUGUAUGGGAAUGUGCUACAUCGACUAUUUGAUACCUUGCCACUCAGUUCCUACUAUAUUAAUUCUGUACAUGGUUGUAUUGGGAGCAGUGUUACUGGCUCUUAUUAUCCAGGUAGCACUAAUGACGUCAAUAGCUAAAAGCUUGUGCAAGACACCCGCAAUUCAGAACAUAUUGACUGCCCAAUGGUUUCGAAGUUUGUUCUGCUUGCCGCCUUUGAAGGUCUGUCAAAUCUACGAAACUAUAGACGAAUGCUACGAAGAUGAUUCAAGGGUCGAAACACCACGGAAUGGUACGAUUGAAGAAAUGCAGAGUGAUAAAACUGAGCGCAGUGAAACAAUGGAUCUGGCUGAAGCGAUUGAUAAAUUUAUGUUUAUUGUUUAUUCUGUAGUUUUUGCUGUUAUGCUUGCGUUACAUUUU